CACUGCAGCGAGUCAGCUUUAGUAAAGAGGAUAAGAAAGUGAAUUAAGUUUGUGUUGAAUUAUAGAAAAUCUGUCAAAAAAAGUUCUUUAAUAUUUCAUAAAACGCUUGUAGUAAACGCUGUGACGUGUAAAUUAUUUAAUAUUAGUUUUUUUUAUUAAGUGAAUAAAGUUCUAUACCUACUAAUAAUAAAACAAUGGCCGACUCAAAAAGUGAAGAUUUGGCUACUGCCAUUCUCAAGCGCAAAGAUCGCCCAAAUCGUUUAAUUGUUGAUGAAGCAACCAAUGAUGACAACUCCGUGGUCUCAUUGUCGCAGGCGAAAAUGGAUGAGUUGCAGUUAUUUCGAGGCGAUACAGUCAUCUUGAAGGGGAAACGUCGUAAAGAAACUGUGUGUAUCGUUUUAUCGGAUGACACUUGUCCCGAUGAAAAGAUACGCAUGAAUCGUGUGGUGCGUAAUAAUUUGUGUGUUCAUUUAUCUGAUGUCGUCUCAAUUCAUCCCUGUCCGGAUGUUAAGUAUGGCAAACGUGUACGUAUUUUGCCUAUUGAUGAUACUACCGAAGGUGUCACCGGUAAUCUGUUCGAAAUUUAUCUGAAACCUUACUUCCUGGAGGCGUAUAGGCCCAUUCAUAUGGGUGAUAAUUUUAUUGUACGCGCUGCUAUGCGCCCGAUUGAAUUUAAAGUUGUACUCACCGAUCCAGAGCCUUAUUGUAUUGUGGCCCCCGAAACCGUGAUUUUCUGUGAUGGUGAUCCCAUUAAACGUGAAGAAGAGGAGGAAUCGUUGAACGCCGUAGGCUAUGAUGACAUUGGUGGCUGUCGCAAACAGUUGGCUCAAAUCAAAGAGAUGGUAGAGUUGCCGUUACGACAUCCAUCUCUAUUUAAAGCCAUCGGUGUCAAGCCACCACGUGGUAUUCUUAUGUACGGUCCUCCCGGUACGGGUAAGACUUUAAUUGCACGUGCCGUAGCCAACGAAACAGGUGCUUUCUUUUUCCUAAUCAACGGGCCUGAAAUUAUGUCGAAAUUGGCCGGUGAAUCUGAAUCGAAUUUACGCAAAGCUUUUGAGGAAGCAGAAAAGAAUUCACCAGCUAUUAUAUUCAUUGACGAGAUUGAUGCUAUUGCCCCCAAGCGUGAUAAAACUCAUGGCGAAGUUGAACGUCGAAUUGUAUCUCAGCUGUUGACACUGAUGGACGGCAUGAAAAAAAGUUCACAUUUGAUUGUAAUGGCUGCUACUAAUCGUCCCAAUUCGAUCGAUCCAGCUUUAAGACGUUUUGGCCGUUUCGAUCGAGAAAUUGAUAUCGGUAUACCAGACGCAACAGGGCGAUUGGAAGUAUUGCGUAUACAUACUAAGAACAUGAAAUUGGCAGAUGACGUAGACUUAGAACAAAUUGCCGCCGAAACUCAUGGUCAUGUAGGAGCCGAUUUGGCCUCACUGUGUUCGGAAGCUGCAUUGCAGCAAAUACGUGAGAAAAUGGAUCUAAUUGAUCUGGAGGAUGAUAAAAUUGACGCUGAAGUGUUGGCUUCGCUGGCUGUUACGAUGGAGAAUUUCCGUUACGCCAUGACCAAAUCAAGUCCUUCAGCUUUACGUGAGACAGUAGUCGAAGUGCCCAAUACUACUUGGGCCGACAUUGGUGGCUUAGAAAAUGUCAAGAAGGAGUUGCAAGAAUUGGUGCAAUAUCCUGUAGAGCAUCCCGAUAAAUUCCUUAAAUUCGGCAUGCAACCAAGUCGUGGAGUUUUGUUCUACGGACCGCCAGGUUGCGGUAAGACAUUGUUGGCUAAAGCCAUUGCCAACGAAUGCCAAGCGAACUUUAUAUCCGUUAAGGGCCCGGAAUUACUGACAAUGUGGUUCGGCGAGUCUGAAGCCAACGUGAGGGAUAUUUUUGAUAAGGCCCGUUCGGCUGCCCCUUGUGUUCUAUUCUUUGAUGAAUUGGAUUCAAUUGCUAAAGCGCGUGGCGGUAAUGUUGGUGAUGCUGGUGGUGCUGCGGAUCGAGUGAUUAAUCAAAUAUUAACUGAAAUGGACGGAAUGGGCGCUAAAAAGAAUGUUUUCAUUAUUGGGGCCACUAAUAGGCCUGAUAUCAUAGAUCCGGCUAUUUUACGUCCAGGUCGUUUAGAUCAACUCAUCUAUAUACCCCUCCCCGAUGAUAAGUCACGCGAAGCUAUCUUAAAGGCUAAUCUACGUAAAUCGCCUUUAGCCAAAGAUGUAGAUCUGGGGUAUAUAGCCAAAGUUACGCAAGGAUUCUCCGGAGCUGAUUUGACCGAAAUCUGUCAGCGAGCUUGUAAAUUAGCCAUUCGCCAGGCAAUUGAGGCAGAAAUACGACGUGAAAAGGAACGUGCCGAAAAGCAAAGUUCCGCAAUGGACAUGGAUGAAGACGAUCCGGUGCCAGAAAUAACACGUGCUCACUUUGAAGAAGCUAUGCGAUUCGCACGCCGCUCUGUGUCAGACAACGAUAUACGUAAAUAUGAGAUGUUCGCCCAAACCUUACAACAGUCUCGUGGUUUCGGUCAAAAUUUUAGAUUCCCUGGUAGUUCUAACGCUACGCAAGGCUCAGGUCCUAAUGUGCCGGUGAAUCCACCCGGCGACAACGGAGAUGAUGAUUUAUACAGUUAGAUUUUUUUUAGUUUUAAUUCCUUUCCGAUCAUUUACUAUAAUCAUACCAUGAAAAAAAAAAAAAAAAAAAAAACGAAUUAAC